CUUGUAGCUGGUCACUACGGGGCGGGAAGCCGUCCAGUAACCGUGAGGCGUGCAAGAUUGUAGCUGGCAACCGCGGGCAGCGAGGCUGCAGCCAGGAACAGCGGCGCGGGGGACGGAGCCGGCAGUGAGGGGGAGAGUGGGGGGGCGGUCACGUGACUCCGCCCAAGAUGGCGGCGCGUCCGCGGCGCGCUGGGGGCGAGGCCGGCUGGUAACGGCGGGGCGGGUGCCCCGCAGGCCCCGGCGCUGUGCGCUCCCCGGCGCGGGCUAUGAGCCUUCCGCGCUGCGUCUCAGGCGCUCGUUAAAAGCCGCAGCCUUGCCCGGCGAUGGCGCUGAGGGAGCUGAAAGUUUGCCUGUUGGGGGACACUGGUGUGGGCAAAUCAAGUAUCGUGUGGAGAUUUGUAGAAGAUAGCUUUGAUCCCAACAUCAACCCAACAAUAGGAGCCUCAUUUAUGACCAAGACUGUACAGUAUCAAAAUGAGCUGCAUAAAUUCCUAAUUUGGGAUACAGCCGGACAGGAGCGGUUCCGUGCUUUAGCUCCGAUGUAUUACCGAGGGUCAGCAGCAGCCAUUAUAGUAUAUGACAUCACAAAAGAGGAGACUUUCUCAACAUUAAAGAACUGGGUUAAAGAGCUUCGACAGCAUGGACCACCAAACAUUGUUGUAGCUAUUGCAGGAAAUAAAUGUGAUCUUAAUGAUGUAAGAGAAGUCAUGGAAAAAGAUGCUAAAGACUAUGCAGAUUCCAUUCAUGCAAUAUUUGUAGAAACAAGUGCGAAAAAUGCAAUAAACAUUAAUGAACUCUUUAUAGAAAUUAGUCGCAGAAUUCCAUCAACUGACACCAACCCCCCAUCUAGUGGUAAGGGCUUCAAACUUAGAAGACAGCCCUCGGUGACAAAGCGCAGCUGCUGUUGACUGAUCCCUUAGAAAAUAAGACUUGUUAUACAGUAGGUGGUCUUGGAAGUUAAUAGUUCACGUUGGGUUUAUAUUAUAAGUCUUAGAUCAUUAUCUGCUGGUGUUCAUACACCCGAGGUCCCACAAAAAUGGACCAGUUGAUCUGACAUCUGUACACUCGCAGAGAAGACUGCAAUCGUAAUGUCAGCCUGUUUACUUACAAAAAGUGUAGUAUGUCUUGCGUUCAAAGGGAAUCCAUCAUCACUUUUUUGGCCUUGCUUGAAAGGGAGGUGACUAUAUGGAUGGUAGAACUGAAAUGUCUAAUAGUUUUGUAAUCAAGAUUUUGGGAGAGGUUUUUUUGUAUAAAGGGAAAUGAGCACUUUUGUGGGACUUAGGGUUGGGAGGAAUCUGGAAGUUGGAUGUCAUUUCUUCCUUUUCUUCAGUGAGCCUUAUUUUAAAUGUAAUUGUAGCUAAUCCAAAGUACAAUGAGACAGUUGAUAUGAGGUGGCUACAGAAUAAGCCACUGAAGACAAAUAAUAGGCAAAUCAGUCCAUCCAGUCCCCAAAUCCCACUUGCACUUUUUAUUUAAAGAUGAUAUGCGCCAGGGGUGGGGACACACACAACGUAUCUUAAACAACAGACAAUCUCUUAUUCAUGCUGACUUUAAUCACUUUAAGGCAAACUGAUACAUUUAGAGGCAUCUUCUUGUUCCUACAAGUUUUUAAAUUUUAAGUUGUUGGUUGAAGAAAACCUAGUUGUAGUUCUGACUAAAGUGGUUACUGACUAAAAACAGAUGCUGUAAACAGAUGCUGCCAAUAUUUCUGAUAAGACUUUAAAGGUUUUGGGGAAAGCUUUUAAUUGCUUGGCAUGUGUAAAGUGUUCAUAUUAUAUUUAUGAGACCAGUGUUUAAAGUAUUAUAAAUUACGUAAAAAUGGUAAAAAAUAAUACAAUCUUUUACGCUCCUUCCAUUCCACACCUACGGAUAAACUCCUGGGGAAUCGCCAUCAGGGUUUUUUUUCCCUGUAUUUUAGGUAUUGUCACUGUGAGUUCAUUCAGAGGCAGACUGAAAUUCUUUCUCUUUCAAUCACAUUUGAAAGAACCAACAGAGAAUGCUGUUGGUGCAGCUUGAGGUCUGCCUGUUGAACAACUUUUCAUCUGUGGUGCACCCAGUCUUUCCUGUUUUGGGCACAAAAAUACAACUAGGAAGUAACAUUAAGACGUGGUAAUGUAGAUCGUUACCUCUUGGUUCCUGGGCUUUUUCAUCUGUGAGGGUUUUUAGCACAUCAGUGUUUAGCUUAUACUGUGUUGGUUUUAGUAUGCUUUUAAUUAAACUAUAGGUUGACCAUACCCAUUUGUGCUAUUUUAUUUAUUUUUACUUUGUUUCUUACCAGCACUAGUGAGAAACUAUACUUUUGAAGAAAAAGAGCUUAAUAGACUUGAGUAUAUACUGAAAUACGCUGUUUAGCUUUAGUAUCAAAAUGAGGUCAUGUUGAUGAUGCUUAUUCUUUGCUCGUUAUCUGGUUUUCCAUCAUCUCAACUAUUGUCUCUGAAGGAAAUGUGGAAAAGUUUGUAAGAAAUGAGAAUUCUCGUAUUUCAGAUUAGUUUGUAGAGCUAUUUAGAGCAGAACAGGUGAUCUCUUACAGUGAGAUUUUGAAUGGGUUAGUAUGUGUUAAUGAAAUUUUGGUGACUACAUUUUUAUCAUGCCCCUUACUUACCCCGGUUGUCAGUUAGGCUGUCUUAGCCACAGCUGUACAGGCUACAUGCUUCUAGAGAGCCCAAGAAAUUUAUCUUCAUCAAACAGGCUGUUUGAAGCCCCUUUGAAACAUUGGUCCUUAACAAAGCACCUCUGUAGAGACAGAUCUGUGUUUGCUGUUUAGCCUCAUGUAUGAUACAUUUUUCUGUCACUCAAAGCACAUUAUGAACAGAAAACUUCAGUACACCUGCAAAUUCGUGAUGGAAUUUUAAUGAAGAAAGAAACAACAGAUUAAGCUUGUUCUUAGACAUAGUUUUAAUUGUAAAAAGCAGGUUAGAAAUUAAAUGUAGAACUUUCACACUGGCAGUCAUGGAAAUCCCGAAUUUCUGUGAAAUAUCUCAGUUCUUACUCCUGGCUUAUUUUCUGGUUGUCUAAUUCAGCUAGGUUUCUAAAACAUUUUGUGUUCACAGUGCUUCAGAAGUCUCUUCUAUACCAAGUUAUCAGGUGCUUUAGUAUCUUAACCGUGAUACAGAAAAUACUGCUUUUAUUAAAGUUGCUUAGUAAUAAGUCUGGAAAUUUUUGAACUUGGCAAGAUCAUAGUAGGAGAAGGAAAGUCUCAGAUAUUGGGAGUAUCUUUCAUAUGCAUGAGUAGAAAAGGAAUAUCAGACCUAAAUUACUGUUAUUUCCUGUUAGCACGUAGUAAAAAUGGGAUUUAAAUCCAUUUUUCAGUGAGAAAAGAAAAAUUAUUUAAUAGUAUUUAUCCAAGAUUUACUGGCUUGAGAAGAAAAUACUGGACUUCAGGCAAGAUGGAAAGGGAGGCUAGCAUUGAGAUUAUUGUAGUUCUUUCUCUCCAGUGAGAGGAGAGAUCCGUAUAUUUUAUCAACUCUUUAUGAACUACUUUCUCAUCUGUCCUCAAUUAUUUGCUAUACACCAAAAUUAGACUUUAAAAACACAAAAAAAGUCCACCUCAAAACACUAAAGAAGCAGCAACAACAACAAUCUGACCCUUCUCAAAUAUCACCACGUCUUAAUGUCUUGAGACUCCUGUUUUGUUACCAGAGUAGAAUGCCAGUGUACUUCAUAUCCUUUUCACGGUUCUGAUCUUAAAUGCUGCAGUUAAUGAAAACAUGUGAAUAGAGAGUGCUUCAGAUUGUCCAAACUACAAACAGUGAAGUGAGGCUGCUUUUUAACACAUGGCUAUUUCAAAUGACAGACUGUUGAUGCAGGUUCUUUUGAGCCAAGAUAACUGUUUAUUGAUCAGUUGGCUCUAGCUGAAAGCCAGAAUGCAAUCUUCCCUGGAUGAGAUGCACAUGUUCAUUGUUUCAUUCUUGUUUGAGAAAAAUGUCUUCUUCUGUAUUAAUGAUUUGCUAGGCCAUCUGCUUUGAUCUCAUACUAGGCUUGCUGGAAUUGAUUAUACUUUGUCCUAACAUAGCUUGGAGAUGCAGUAGCCUCUGAGUGUUUGGAGUCAUCAUAUCAACCAUCCCAGCUAAAUUUUUAAUAACUUUUUUUCCCAUUAAGAAGUUCUUAAAAAAGCUCAGGACUGGUUUUAUUCCCCUUUGCCUUUCUGUUUAAUGAUGGAGCUUGUCAUAGAGACUAGACAUGCAGAUUCUCACCCAGGGAAUUAAUUGCUGCAGAGCAAGUUUGGAAGUAUCAUAUAUGUAAAGAUGUAAUAAUUAUGUCGUAUCAGUGAUCGAGAGCAUUUUUUAGCUGACAAAAUAUGACUGUUUCAACUUCUUCUGUUGCUUCUUUUCCAUGAAAGUUAUAGAUUUGUACAAAAAUAUGAUUUGAUAAAUGUUUAGUUCUUAAGCUUUAGAGCAAUUUGAAUGUCCUCCCACAAGUUUUGGAGGUUGGUGGCUUUAUCCAACCCUCUGAAUUACAGCAGUCUCGUAGCUGACUUCCCAGGCUCUUGAUCUACGCUGUAGGUGGUUUUGUAGUAUAUUUUAUAUACUGGAAGCUGGCAUUCUAAAUGUCUAAAGAGUUGAAGUCUGGAAGGUUAUGUUUAAUGACAGAAGCAUCUGGUGGUCAAACUACUGCAAGGUAUAAAAGGUGAUUUGAAAAGUUCUAAGACAAUUCUGACAACUUUUGCUGUUGCCAAGAAGGUAAAGAUUUCCUUUAUAUUACUGGGUCCAUGUUGAAACAAAACAAAUCAUUGCACUUCGAAUCCUUACUGACAUCAGUAAGUCCCUUCCUCUAAGUGCUACAGGAUCAGACAGUUAAUAGUGUAGAGAGGUGUUUUAUGCAGACUUGGGUCUAUGUGUUGAUGUACUUAACAUUAAUUUAAUGCUACCAGCCUGCUUCAGAAAGAUUAUUUAUGUGCUUAGGAAGAGAGUAAGAGAAGAGGAGACAAUGCCUACAUACUGAUUGAGAAGUCUAAUCCUUUAAACUGGUCGAGAGAUGUGGGAUUGAUGGGGAGCAGUCUAUGUUUGUGGUUAAAGCUUCAUUUUAAUUAUCAAAAAAUAAUUCAGGCUGAAUAUCUUGAAUGGUUUAAAAACUGGCCUCAAGAUUUUUGUUACAAUGUUAAUCCUCAAUUAUUCCUUAAUGUUAGUGUUAAUUUCCAGUGUAACAUAUCAAAUAUUAGUUGGAAAAGGAGGCUUUAUUGGUGAUAUUUGAAUGACUUUCUUGUGAAACAGACUUCAGUGUUCAUUCAGGAUGGUGUAGUCUAUUUGUGGUGUGCUAUGUCAGCGAUCUGCAAAGACUAUCUUGGGAAUUGAUGAUUUACAGGACAGAAGCUGGCUGAGCUGUGUAGCUCGUCACCCUGUAGCAAACCUUGCUUGUAAGCAGCAAUAGCUACACAGAAGUAGUAAAAAUAAUUUCAAACAUGAUGAGAAUCUGAAUAAUUCACUGACUUAAACUUCUAUGCUGCCUAUUAAUUUACUUAAAAGCUUCAUCUAUCUCUCUCAAACACUUAAAUCUUUAAAAUAAAGAGGCUCUUCUGUUCAUGGAAAAAAGGAGGACAAACUUAAUUUUUUUUAUUAGGAAGUUCUACAGUGACCUGAGAGUGUUUGUAUGCCAGGAGUCAUUUACUUGAAGCAGGAGAAUCGUGUGCUUGGAACUAAGCUUCUAAAAAAUCUGCACAAAAUUCUCUAAAGAAAGCUGUUAAAAUUUUAUGUUCAGAUCACAUUCCUAGUAAUAGAUCACAGCCUUAGCGUUGGUAGCUGAUAGAAGAUAUAUAGAAAUAAGAUGUUGAUGUGAAUUACUGAACUAAGAUAGAAAUAUAGGUUUUAGAAUAAAAAAAGUCAUGUCAGCUGUCCUUUUCAGGGUCAGUGGCUCCAGCUUGCCAAAAGAAAUAUGCUUCACAUAAUAUCUUUGUUUCUGAUACAAGAAUUCAUGUGCCAAAACGUAUUUCCCUAAAAUUACUUAGGUCUUCUGACACUAAUGCUUGUUUCUGAAAAAUCCCUUCCCAUAUUUUGGAGAUCGCAAAAGCUUGGAAGCAAACCUCUUCUUGGUCAGCUAGGAUCAAAAAUGCAUGACUUGGAAAAAUCAAACAAGCGUUACCAAACUUGAUCCAUAAAGUGUCACAGACAACAAAUCUUUUGAGGGAUAUAAAACUAUCCUGAAACACAAGAGUACUGAUGGGCUUAGUCUCUGACAUGUCCAAAUGAUUCUAGGGUCAGCUUUUUCCUCCUCCUCGCUCCCACUUCCCCCCCCAACUCUGAAUUUUUAACAUAGUGUCAUCAGAGUGUACAUGCUAGAAACUGCAAUUUAAAAGUACUCAGAAAAGUUCUGGUGGCUUACAGUUAUUUGGUGCUUCUUAUUUUACAUGGAAAAUCAAGGUAGUAGGAUGACUUGCUUCCCUAAAAUCUGGGACAGCAUUUGCUGAAACUUCAUUCUAGAAUAAAGACUUCUUAGAAGAAACAAUUUUACUUUCCCCAUCGCAUCAUCCUGUAAGUUAGGGUUCUUAAGUUGUUUCUUAAACACUAACAGUGAAUUCUAUUCAAGGAGCUAAGGUACUGUUCUUUUAAGAAGGCUGGGGUUUUCUUUGCUUCUUUCCUGUUAAUGUUUUCACGUGUGUAUUACUGAACAAACCACCUGCUACUACUUUUUCCAAUGUUGAAGGAUACGGACCACUCUUUGCCAGUAUCCCACUCUUUGUGAGUGUGAUACUCCAUCCAGUUGUUGCCCUUGGAUAUGCUGUAACUCUGACACCUAGGAAGAUUCACUGCUACUUCCUUGUCUCACUUCUACUCAUGUUACAGAAUGUAUUUCCUAUUAAAUCCAUUAUGUUUUCUUGACAAUUUUGUUCUUUGUUUCCUUAGGGGACUUAACCAAGAAUAGGUGGCGAGUAUCUUUUUUUUUUUUUCUUCUCAAAGAUUCCAGAAGUAUCUGUCACAGCAGCAAAUAUUUGUAAACAAAAAGGCAAUUCCUUAGUACUGCCUUAUGAAACUCUUAUGAAAACAUAGCAGCUGAGGCAAGUAUCACUUCUGUAUUAUACUAGAUGAUGAAGGCUAAAAGCACACUCGCCUCGGGGAGCAGUUUGAUGUAAGGCACUAGUAACGUGACUUAAAUUCUGUAUUUUAACUUCCUUUUUGUACUUCCUAUUUACGAACAUUAUGUAUCCAACAUUGCAAUUGUGACACAGUGAAUUGAUUUAAGACACAGAAACGGAUCACACUUCUGUAGCUGUAAAACACCUAAGACUUCCAGGCAAUCUCCCCUGUUGUAUCCCCCACCCCCAGUGCAAUGACAAAAAAAAUUCAUUCUGAAGGUUUUUUCUAAAGAAGAAACUUUGCAUUUGCAUUUGUGUAUUCAGGACACAAAAAUAACCUGAUAUACAUAUAGCUCUUGCAGUGUAAUAAAUGUUUGCCUGUAAAAUUAAGCGUGAAGGUUAACCUUUGUAUCAGCAAUUUUUGUCCCUCUUAGGAACGUUCUGCCUUUUCAUUGUAGGAUUGGAUUAACCUGUUACAAAGGUUGAAAGGUCUGUGCCUUCUUAUUACAGUAUCUCUUAUUAAAACAAACUUAAGCCGCUCAAAGUUACAGAGCAUUUGCAGCACUGUAAACUGCACAAAUUCACAACCAUUGCUUCACUGCAUGAAAUGUAGUCAGAUUGCUAGUGAUGAAAUAUUGUAGUGAUGAGUUCCCAAGCUUAUGAAUGUUUUGAGACU